GAUUGCAGCUCCAAACCAUCAGAUACAGAGUCACUCUACUUACAACACACAGGCUCUGAAGGAAGGGGAGGCAGAGCAAAUAUUUCUAUUGAACAGGAGUUUCUACCUUUCCCUCACAGACUCCGCCGGACCAUCUGCGCAAAUGAAGAUGGACUGCGACCAUGGCAAGUCAUCCAAACCCCAGGGUGUCAAAGUGAGCAAAUCAGUUUCCACCAUUUGCUCUUCCUCGAGUAAUGCCAACUGCCACCCCAUCCAAGGCCCUGCGAGACGAGCUCAGGGUAGGAACCACAGUGAAAAACUGGCCCCAUCCCCAGAUAUCAUGUCAGCCGCUUCUAGAAAGAGUCAAAUGUCAGACUUCUAUAAUGGCAAUGUGGCCCGGGGGUGCCCCUCUGAUGCUUCAGAGGAGCUCCACCAAAGGGUUGCCAAGGAGAGCCAGCAGAAUGGGGAGACCACUCCGAAGGAAACCAUGGCAACAAAGAGAAUAGCCAAUGCCCCCAAGGAUUCCCCCAUCAAGCGUACUUUCCUGUUUGGGGCAAACAAAAUUGACAAUGGCAGCAAAGUGACCCUGAAGAAAUCUACCAUCCAUAAGCCGCCUGAGAAGGGUUGUUCUCCGCUAGCUGUUUACAGAGAAGGGAUGGCUGGCCUGAGAGGAGAGAGGCAGGCAUGGUCCAGCGUGACCCAGAGAAAGAAAAGGCGAGAUCUUUUCCCAGACUCAAAGGUUUUCAGCCACAUAGAUGCUCAUGUUCUGCGUGUGAGCGAGCAGAUAAAAUCAAAGCCAGCUUUGCCAUCAGUCCAGACCAUUGUUCAGCUGAUUACUGACGAGGCCCGAAGCAAGCUGGAGACAGUGCGAGCAAUAUGGCUGUGGCUGUGUCACAAUAUCUGCUAUGAUGUGGAUGGCUUCUUAGGGUUAUCUCAGAAGAUCCAUACCCCAGAACAGGUCCUGCAGACUGGAAGAGGCGUGUGCUCCGGUUAUGCCCAUUUAUGCCAAGAAAUGUGCAGGGAGGCAGGUUUGAGCUGCGUUGAAGUGUCGGGCUAUGGAAGAGGUACCGGAUACCAACAAGGGCAAAAAUGCCAACAAAAGAAAUCCAACCACAUGUGGAACGCAGUUCAGCUGGAAGGGCAGUGGUACCUGCUGGAUGCAUGCUGGGGAGCAGGCACUGUGGAUGCGGAGAAGAGAUUGUUUAUACCCAGGUACGAUGACUUCUUCUUUCUACCCGACCCUGAGGAUUUCAUUGAGACCCACUGGCCUGAUGAGCCAGAAUGGCAGCUUGUGCAGCCGCAUGUCUCGCUGGAAGACUUUGAACAGAGAGUUUUUAAAACGUCGGAGUUUUUCAAACUGCAGCUGUCCCUUCUCUCUCCAAAUCGCUCCCUUCUCAAAACAGAACACGGGGAAACAACGGUGUCUCUGAGGAGUACACAUCCAGCAGAAUUUAGCUACCAUCUCUCCAAGCUCUGUGGUGACGUUAGCCAAGAAGUAUUAGGCACGACUCACGGGAUGCUGACGGUGUCUGAGAAGAGCAUGACUCUCAAAGUUUUCCCCCCUACUGAGGGCUUGUUUGAGCUGAUGGUCUUUGCACGCCCGUCGGACGCUCAGAACCCCUAUAGCUGGGUGUGUUCCUAUCAGAUCAAGUGCCUGCAGUCCCAUAAGAAAGAACUGCCUGAAAACCCUUUUCAUUUCUGGGGCCUCCAUCCGAAGGGGAAAGACUUUGGGAUCGAGGAGUGCAACUGCGGAGAGGACCUGAUUGUUGUUGAAACAGGAACUUUGCUAUUGACGCUACAGACAUCUAGACCCUUGCUGGCCACAUACCAGCUGGUGAAUAAAGAUCUAGACACCUCCCUGAGCACGAAGUGCCUGGCCUCUCAAGCAGAGGAGGAGAAGCUGAGUUGCCACGUGCUGUGUCCUUUUCUAGGUUACUACAGGCUCUCGGUGUUUGUGAAAGAUUUAGGAGGUGACCUGUUCAAAAACGCAGCCAACUUCCUCAUUCGUUGCUCUGGUCCCAUCAACCAGAACGAGCUCUUCCCCUCUGGCCUCAGCAUGCACUGUGGGACAGGGAUCAGCACCGGCUGUAGGGGCUUUUCUAACCCCAGCCACCCUGCCCCCAUCAUCAACACCAACCAGGGUAAGUGCAACAUCACGUUCCACACCCGGGCGGACACCGAAGUGGCCGCCAUCCUGAGUAAGGACAAAGUCACCAACACCAAGUACCCCAUGGAGAGAUAUGUCCUGCUCACCCAUCUGGGAAACAAAGUCAGCAUCUGUAUCCUGCUUCCUGAAUCAGGCCUCUACAAAGUAGGGAUCUUCAGCAGGAACCAGGACCACAAGGACUUUGCUCACGUCUGCGACUACGUUGUCCGCUGCUUUUCUGAGCCACGGUGGCUUCCGUUCCCCCGAGUGUACAGCACAUGGAGGAGAGGCUGCAUCCUGCUACAGCCCAGGACAGGAGUGCUCCAGGAGCGAAGCUGGAUCAGGUUCAGAGUCAAGUUGCCAAAAGCCUACAGAGCUCUCGUGGUCGGGCAAUCCAGGACUGAACUGCAGCCAACUCGCAGCAAGAUCUGGGAGGGGGAGGUGUACACCGGGCUCGCCGGGACUAUGCUCAAGCUGGCAGUGAAGUUCAAUCAGCAUUCCACCAGCAUGGAUGUCAUCCUGUUGUUCGACGUGGAAGGCAGCUCCCCCAGUUCAGAGGGGUCUUCAGGGUAA